UCCUUUUCGAGAUCGAGGCUUCCCUGCUCUCCUGCUGUGCCAGGACCAGGGGGCCUGAGCUCGAUCUUGUAAAUAAACAACUUCUUGCUUUUGCAUCAGACUUGGUCUCCGGGUGAUUUAUGUGGGGGAUCCCGUGACUCAGGCACAACAUUUGGUGGCUCGUCCGGGAAAACCCCCCAAAAUCACCAAGUACCUGCUCUGGAGGUUCUUUUCACCACUGAGGAAUGGAACCACAUCUUGGCUGAGGCCAUGAAGGCUGUCGAGGAUGCAGACGGAAGCCCCACCACCAACCAGGCUCUCAUUGAUGCCACUUUUCCUCUUACCCCAAUUGGGACUUUAAUACUGGAACAGGUCAGGUAAGACUCCAAGUCUACUGCCAGACUCUAAUGAGGGGUCUCCAUAAAGCGGCUAGAAAGCCGACUAAUUUGGCCAAGGUAGGUAAUGUACACCAGGAAAAGACAGAACCCCCAGCAGCUUUCUUAGAAAGAAUUAUAGAGGCAUUCUGCAUGCACACACCCCUAGACCCUGAAGCUGAGGAGAAUAGAGCAGCAGUUGUCAUGUUCUUUGUUAAUCAGUCAGUUCCAGACAUUAAGCUUAAGCUGCACAGAAUAGAUAGACUGGGCGAGAAGUCUUUGCAGGAUCUCCUAGAAGUUGCUGAAAGAGUCUACAACAACUGUGAGACCCCCGAAGAAAAGCAAACGAAGGCGGCUAAAAGACAGACCCAGGAAUUCGCCAGGAUCCUCCUGGCCUCCAGGGCCACGACCUCGGAUGAAAGAAACAGGCGGCUGCACUGACUGGCGGCAGAAGGUAAGGAGGGCUCCCCAGGCGGGGAAGACUCCGCCUCCAGAGAGACCGGUGCGCCUAUUGUAAGGAACAUGGACACUGGGCCCGGGAGUGUCCCAAGAAACCACCUCCCAGACCUUCAUGCCCCCCCUCAGUGCUAGUCUUAGAAGUGAGCGGCCUCAAAGGAUAGGGGGGUCAGGGCUUGCCUCCCCUCCCCGAACCCUGGGUAACUCUCAGAGUGGAGGGGACCCCAAUUAAUUUCCUGGUAGAUACCAGAGCCCAGCAUUCAGUCCUGACACAAGACCAUGGCCCUAUGGAUGCCAGGAAAUCAUGGGUCCAGGGGGCCAUGGGUAUCAAACAAUAUUCAUGGACUACCCGAAGAACCAUGGACUUAGGUGUGGGCCGGGUAUCCCACGCAUUCAUGGUUAUCCCAGACUGCCCCUUCCGUCUUCUUGGGCGAGACCUCCUAACUAAGGUAGGAGCUCAUAUCAUCUUCAAAGAUGAAGGACCCCUUGUCACAGAUCAGUAUGGGAGUCCCAUACAAAUACUCACCUUACAACUUGAAGAUGAGUACAGACUGCACCAGUAGCAGCCUAAGAGCUAUCAGCUGACAGGUGUCACUGUAUGGCUGAAAACCUACCUGCUUGCCUGGGCUGAGACUGGAAGAGUGGGGCUAGCUGCCCACCAACCACCAGUCAUCAUAGAGCUCAAGCCAAUGGCUGAACCCGUAUGAGUACGGCAGUAUCCCAUGUCUCAAGAAGCCCAGCGGGGCAUUACGCCUAACAUCCGGAGGCUUUUUAAGAGCGGGAUACUAGUUCCCUGUCAAUCUUCAUGGAACACUCCCGUUGCCUGUAAAAAAGCCACUGACUAAUGACUAUAGACCAGUCCAGGACCUAAGAGAGGUCACCAAGCGGGUACUAGACAUUCACCCCACCGUCCCAAACCCUUAUACACUACUAAGUGCUCUCACCCCUGAUCGAGUAUGAUACACUGUUCUUGACUUAAAAGAUGCCUUCUUCAGCCUCCCACUAGCCCCCCAGAGCCAGGCAAUGUUCGCCUUUGAGUGGAACGAUGAAGAGCAAGGGAUCCAUGGUCAACUUACCUGGACCUGGCUGCUGCAAGGGUUCAAGAACUCCCCCACCAUCUUUGAUGAAGCCCUACAUGAGGACCUGAGUGAGUACCGGCAGCAGCACCCUCACCUGACUCUUUUACAGUAUGUAGAUGACAUUCUGAUCACAGCCGAGACAGAAGCAGAAUGCCACCAAGGAACCCAGGACUUGCCAACUGCAUUAGGAGCUCUGGGGUACUGGGCCUCUGCCAAGAAGGCUCAGAUUUAUCAACAAACUCCCAGGUUCACAGCAUACGCCAGGACCUUAUGGACCAGCCCUUCCCUGAUGUGGAGGCCGCCUGGUACACAGAUGGGAGUAGCUUAAUACAAGAUGGAUGCAGACCCUGGAUCCCCAACACUUCCACCAUUCCUGGAGUAUACCCCGGAAGACCUAAAAUGGAUAAAGCAGAUCCCACAGGCCCACUCCCCCGAGAAGUACAAUGGAUGGCACAACGAGCUGAUUGGGAGAGACUUACUGCCCUCUACAGCUCAGGACCUGUUCCUGAACCACACGCUUUCUGGCCUGGAGACUGGGUGUACGUGAAACGUCACCAACAAGAAACGCUGGAGCCCCUGUGGAAGGGCCCAUACAUCAUGGUCCUCGUUACUCCCACCACACUCAAGGAUGACGGCAUCACCUCCUGGAUACAUCACACGCACGUUCGCCUCACUGACCUGUUCGCCAUCAAAGAAGACUCCACCCCCCAUUGGAGACUCCAACGGGACCCUGAUAACCCACUGAAGCUCAAACUGCAGAAACGCCAGGAUCCCUGAUGCCACCGUAUGUGUACCACGUACUGACUUACUCUGCCUUGCUGAUUAUACCCCUCACCGCUAACCCUCAUCCCCCCAUUAAGAUAACGUGGCUAGUCACUGAUGCUAGCACAGGGACGGUGCUCAACCAGACCUCUGGAGUUCACCCUAAGGGUACUUGGUUCCUGGAGCUCUUAGUCGACCUACAUAAUCUGGUAGGUAUUAGACCCUGCCCCUCAGGGUGGCAGACAUAUUGGUCCAGCAAUACUCUAACCUGGUACUUUUAUGUCUGCCCCGCUCACCUUCCUAAUAAGUGUGGGGGAGCAAGUUCAUAUUUCUGUAACUCAUGGAACUAUGUUUCCACUGGGCAAUUAUGGUGGAACCCCCAAGACAAGGAGACUUGAUCCAAGUAAAGAGGAAGGGUGUUUGGAGAGGGCACUCCUGUGCAGGAGGCCCCAAACCUGACACAGUUAGUAUCACCUUUAUAGAGAAAGGAAAGCGAAUGUUGUAUUGGGAACUCCUUAAAUGGUGGGAUGUGAGACUGUACGACAUGCAUGGCAUAGACCUGGGUAAUAUUUUCCAACUCAAAAUCUUACACAUCCCUGUUAGUGAUAAGCCUGCUGCAGUGGGCCUCAAUAUAGUGCUUCAGCCUCCCCCUGUAGUCACCCCUAAGUUCCGUGGCUUCCCUGACUCCCCAGACCGAGCAUUUAGUACCCAAAGUCUAAUUCUAAACCCUGCACCUGUGCCUACCAUGGAUCCCAAUCCACUUUGGAAAUUGGUCAUUGCUACAUACCAAGUCUUAAAUACUUCCGAGUUUACUGAGUCCUAUAGGUUAUGUGUAGAAGCCAGACCCCCAUACUAUGAGGGAAUUGCCCUAAUAAGCAAACUAGGCUAGCGACUGCCGUUGGCAACAGUCUAAGCCCCGAGUCACCCUACAGUCCAAGGACAAGGAACCUGUAUGGUUCAGACACCCCCCCAAUACCAGCAUCUAUGUAAUCAAACUCUCACCUGGGAUGGGACUGGAUAUGUAAUUCCCACCAACAAUUCCUGGUGGGCUUGCUCAACAAGGCUCACCCCGUGUCUACAUGGGGCAGUCCUUGAUUUAACCUGGGGCUUUUGUGUCUUAGUGCAGCUCAUCCCCAAGCUGGUCUGUCACUCAGAGGAGGACUUAUAUUGGGCAUACGAGUCAGCUGCAGGCACACUUACAAGAACCAAGAGAGAACCAGUCACAGCAAUAACUCUAGCCAUGCUCAUGGGACUGGGUAUAGCAGGAACAGGUACAGGAAUCUCCUCCUUAGUCCUACAAGACAAGAACUAUGGAGCUCUGUGCACUGCAAUAGACUUAGACAUAGAAAGAAUAGAAAACUCCAUUUCCCACCUUCAAGAGUCCCUAACUUCCCUCUCUGAAGUAGUACUCCAAAAUAGGUGAGGGCUAGAUUUCAGCAAGGUGGAUUAUGCACAGCCCUAGGAGAAGAAUGCUGUUUUUAUACUGACCACUCAGGAGUAGUCAAACAGUCCAUGGAGUUAGUGAGAGAAGGUCUCUGCAAAAGAAAACUUGAGCAGGAGCAGUCUUAGAGCUGGUGUGAAUCUUUGUUCAGCAAGUCACCCUGGCUCACAACUUUAAUUUCAACCAUAGUGGGCCCACUUGUAAUCCUAUUACUGUUAUUAUUUUUUUUUUUUUUUUGUGGUUUUUGGCUGGGGCUGGGUUUGAACCUGCCACCUCCGGCAUAUGGGACCGGCGCCCUACUCCUUGAGCCACAGGUGCCGCCCCCUAUUACUGCUAUUAACUUUCGGCCCCUGCAUAAUUAAUAAAUUACUGGCUUUCAUCUGAGCUAGAAUUAAUACUGUUCAAUUAAUGGUCUUACAAGCAUAGUAUACCCCCCUCAGUACUGAACACACUAGCAAUAGCGUAGAACUAGGGCUCGUAAAACACAAUGAAGACUCAUGAUUGGAUCUUCUAGGCACAAGAAAAGGGGGGAACGUAAGGACCAAGUUAACUCCAUUUUGUUAAAACUACAUCUUGUCCCUCAGUCUUCAUUUUGCAGCUGCAUACCAAAGGUGUUAGGCAACCUGCUCCCUCCCCCGACCCCCAUCCUUGCCCCAUGAUCCGUGCUCUUAUGCAAUGCCUGCUCCAAGUGCAAUAACAGCACUCUCCAGACAGCCAGACCGAUCCUCUAGCUCCUCCCCCAUCAGCUCGCCUCAGCCACUGUCCUCACACCCCCUCCCUUUUUUUCCUUUCUUACCCUUAAAACCUCCCUCCUUUUCGA